GCGACCUUUCCUCUCCGCGACAGUUUCCCGAGGUGCCUAGUGCCUGAGCGGCACGGACGAGAGUUAGAACGAAGGCAAGAUGGCGGACGUGCUGGAUCUUCAUGAGGCUGGGGGCGAGGAUUUCGCCAUGGAUGAGGAUGGGGACGAGAGCAUCCACAAACUAAAAGAAAAAGCGAAGAAACGGAAGGGCCGCGGCUUUGGCUCGGAAGAGGGGUCACGAGCGCGGAUGCGUGAGGAUUAUGACAGUGUGGAGCAAGAUGGUGAUGAACCCGGACCACAACGCUCUGUUGAAGGCUGGAUUCUCUUUGUCACUGGAGUCCAUGAGGAAGCCACCGAAGAAGACAUCCAUGACAAAUUUGCAGAGUAUGGGGAAAUAAAAAACAUCCACCUCAACUUGGACAGGCGUACAGGAUACCUGAAGGGGUAUACUCUAGUUGAGUAUGAAACAUAUAAAGAGGCUCAGGCUGCUAUGGAAGGACUCAAUGGCCAGGAUUUGAUGGGACAGCCAAUCAGCGUGGACUGGUGUUUUGUUCGGGGUCCACCCAAGGGCAAGAGGAGAGGUGGCCGAAGACGCAGCAGGAGUCCAGACCGGAGGCGUCGCUGACAAGAUCUGUUGUCCAGGUGGUCUCUCCAGAGUUCCCAUUUGACCAUGCAGCCUUAGAGAAAUAGGGCUGGGCUGGAACUCACUAUGUUUAUAUUUAAUCUCUUACCCUAUGUGCUUAGUGUUUGAGUUUUGAAUAAAUGUCUCAUUUUUGUUUUCUA